GUUGAUGAGUGAUGAUGAAGAUGAACGCCGGCUGCUGUUGAUGGGCAGAACUGGAGUAGGAAAGAGCCGAACGGGAAACAUCAUCUUCAAUGAAAGUGUAUUUCUCUCAGAACUGAGUUCUUCAUCUGUGACGAGAGAAUGUCAAACACACACUGAUGGCGUUAACAACAGAAGAGUGACCGUCAUAGACACUCCAGACUUCGUCUACUCCACCAACACUCGUGAUGAUCUUAACUCACAGCUGAAGAGAGCUCUUGAUCUGUGUGCACCAGGUGCUCAUGCCGUCCUGCUUCUUCUGCCUUUAAACACGUUCACACAGCAGGAGCUGGAUUAUGUGACUGGCUUUGAACAGAAGUUUGGUGAGGAGGUCCUCAGAUAUACCAUAGUUCUCUUUAUUAAUGCUAAUAAAACACACAAGAGAACAUUAAAGGAGAUGAUCAGGAAAAACAACAGACUGUCUGGUUUGAUCAAUCGCUGUGGUCAAAGAUACCUUGAGUUUAACAUCAGUGAUCUGUCAAACAGACCGCAGGUCUCUCAACUGAUGGAGAAGAUUGACACACUGGUGUUUAAUAACACAAACACCUGCUAUACUCCAGAAAUGCUGCUGGAGAAUGAAAGAAGAGAUGAGAAAAGAAAGACAAGAGAGAUCUCAGAAGAGCAUCAUGAAGACUUAGAGAGAGUCAGACAAGAGAUGAUGAGACAAGAGGAGGAAUUAGAACAGGCCAUUCAAAAUCCAGCUCUAAUCAGAAAAGAUGCUGAGCAACUUGAGCAGGAAGAAAGGGAGAAAGACAAAACCAAAAAAACACAGCUAAUCACAAAGUUAAAAUGGAAGCUACCACAGAACUGUGGUUAUUUGUGGUUAUUGAUUGUUUUUCUGUUAUUUGUAUCCACAUUAGUAUGGGUGGCACAGUGGCUCAGUGGUUAGCACAGUUGUCUCACAGCUGGAGCCCUGGCUGGGACGGGAAGCCUUUCUGUGUGGGGUUUGCAUGUUCUCCCUGUGUCCGUGUGGGGAACAGACUUGUCUUUUGAUUGACUGGUUCUAAUAUAACAAACAAACAUCCUUAUUUUUUUAUUCCUUUUUAAAAUGCUUUAACUUUAGGAGUUAAGUUGGAGUUGGACAACAACAGGUAUCUAGAAGUGUACAUUUGAUGUUGUGGUGCCACCAACCUAUUUGAGCUAGAUUUGAAAAUACAUACUCCGGCUCUUCUGUUCAUGUAAAAUACAUUUUCAGAUUUCACCAAUGAUGGUGUACAGUACAGUACAGUAUAGUAUACGUCACACACACAAAGUUGUCCACUGAAGAAAGGUGCCCAGCUCACUUAAAAGGAUAGUUCACCCUAAAAUGAAAAUUCUGUCUUCAUUUACAUCAUUUCAUGAGUUUCUUUCUUCCGCAGAACACAAAAGAAUAUAUUUUUAAACAUGUUGUUUACCGAACAGCUGUGGCAGCCAUUCACUUGCAUUGGUUUUGUGUCCAUACAAUAGAAGCCAAUGGCUGCCACAGCUGUUCAGUUACCAACAUUCUUCAAAAUAUCUUAUUUUGUGUUCUGCAGAAGAAAGAAAGUCAUACAGGUUUGAAAUGACAAGAGGGCGAGUAAAUGAUGACAUAAUUUUCAUUUUUGGGUGAAGUAUCACUUUAAUAUCUGACAGGCUGGCAGUGUUUGGACCCUUGGCAGAUAUCCUAUCUAAAUUGUUUGUUAAAAUGUGAAAUAUGUUAUAAUCAUCACUAUAUCAUUGAAAUCAAUUGAAAGGGACUGUGUUAUAAAUAUCUGUGUUGUAACAUUACCCUGCAUGACAAUCAUUUUUAUAUAUCUCUAUUUCUUAUAUUUUGUUUUUUUAAAGUUGUAUGUUUUUUAACUGCACAUGUGCUUUUAGUUCCUGGGAUUUAAUUUGGCACGCACAUAAUAAUAAUAAUGACAGUGUCUCAAGAAAAACAUUUGUUCAGUAUAGCGCUUUCUGAUCACUCAGACUUUCAUAUGAGAAUUCAGUUUAAAUGCUUUUAUUCAGAUGUCUGACUCACUCACAUUAGUUGUUAUAGAUGCUUGAUAUGUGUACCGAUUUAUUUUUCAUUUGCAUAAUUAGAAAUGUAUCUUCAAAUAGUGUAGGCCUAUGUAUAUAAACAUAUAUGUUGUACAUUUUAGUUAUUGUUAUUCGAUUUGAAAUCUUGCUCAAAUAAACCAGAUUAAAGAAACUAAACUCUGCUUUUUGUGCAAUGCUGAGUGUGCUACUUAAAGGUGAGUGGGCCUUAAAACCCAUCUGUAGGCCAGUAACACACUCUCUCCUCUAUGUGCACCAGACACUCUUUCACACACUGCUGUGUGUAGGCCUACAUAAUCCCACAAGAGACUUAAUAAUAUAUGUUUGUUUACAUGCCCGCACUACAAAUCCUCUUGCACUGUUUAUAGUAAGGGUGCGCCCAAAUACCCCCACUUGCGGUCUUGGCCACUUGAGAGCGCGUGCAUGCGACAGGAAGUAGAGCGCAAGUAUGUCCAAUGUCUUAAUAAAGCCAAAGUGCAGUUACCUUAACGCACACUUAACCCACACUAUCUUGAAUACAGCUUCCGAGCGGUGUCAGGGCUAUGUGUAUCCCAUCAUGCAUCACGUUCUGGAUAUAUCAUGAGACUUUUUGCUCGGGUUUUGCGAGAUGUUGCGGAAAGCUUU